AUGGCGCUGACCAGCGAGCAAUUUCAGGCUAUCUCAAUUGCAGAACGAGUCGGAGGGAGCUUCUCUCUGCUCGGUUGUGCGUUCAUUUUGAUCACCCAUUGUGCCUCAGCCUCUUUUCGCAGGCCGGUGAACAGAUUAAUUUUUUAUGCGUCUUUUGGGAGUAUCUUCUCCGCCAUUGCGUCUCUAAUGAGCAGGGAUGGUGUUUCAAGGGGUGCAGAUUCCGCCUUGUGUCUUGUGCAGGCCUUUUUCAUCCAAUAUUGGAUGCCAGCGGAUACGUUAUGGUCCUUCUGUAUGGCGCUUAAUAUUUAUCUUACCUUCUAUCGAAGAUACUCAGCGGAAGACUUGAGAAGGCUGGAGAAGUGGUAUUUUCUUCUCUGCUAUGGGUUACCGCUAGCACUUGCAACGGCGCUGUGCAUCAUCAAUACAACUGAAAGAGGGAGGAUUUAUGGACCAGCCUUGGUGGAUUUGGUGUUCAAUUACCGAACCAUGGCAGUUUCUCCGCUUAGUGUGUUUCUAUGGUCCCGUGUGGUAGGGUUCGCGCAAAGCUCUUUUGCAGCAUCGGAACUGAUUUUCUUGUCUCAUAGGGUCCUGAGUAUCGUGACUUUUACAAUCUACGCAGCAGUCGGUAGCAACAUCUUCCAGAAACAUCAGACUUUACAAGCGGCAAUAGACGCAUCACCGGACAGCAGAGCUGUUAAGGAUGUUCGAACAGUUACUACGGUGGAUAUAAUUCGGGCCACGGCAGGAGCCCUGGCUGUGGAGCCAGCAACCCCUUACUCAAUUUGCAUCGAAACUCACCAGUCGCAAUCCGGAAGCGGCAUAGACGCCCAGAUCAACAAAAACAACGCAUUGCGGAGCUACAUGAGAUAUUCAUUCCUAUUCUUUGUGGCAAUGGUAAUCACCUGGAUGUCGUCUUCCCUCUUCGGCUUUACUUCCAUCACGACAGUUUACAUCCCGUCUUUAAUAGACCCUAGCCAAGCUAAUUUUGGCUUGAAUCUGGCAGGAGCGCUGGUUCUAUCUUUACAGGGUUUUUGGAACGCCGUUAUUUACAUUUCAACCACGUCCGCAAUAAUCAAAAACAUGUGGGCUUCCAACGUUAAGUCCAGACCUCUCCUACGAUUUCCUUGGAGGACCUCUGGGAGGAAGACUUGUGGCAUUCCGCUCGAGAACAUGGGCUUUGAUGGGAGGUCUGAUGCAGGGAGUACCUCCUCUUUGGCGAUGCGGCCACCGUUCGAGUCUUCCACUAUGUCUCCUAAUGCGGAAUUUGAUGUAUAG